GGAGGCCGGAGCCAUGCAUCCCGGUCGGGCCACAACCUGGUACCGGCGCAUGUCGGUGGUCUACGCACUCGGCGCCUGGACCCUGUUGGGCUCAGUAUUUAUUUUAAACAAGAAGAAGCACAAGCUGCCAGAUAAUGAAGAAAGUCAAAAGAAUGAUUCAACAAAUGAACUAUUAGAGCCCCUACCAGAGUGUUAUGUGGAAACCAUUGUCACAUAUAGAGAAGAUUUUGUUCCAGUUACUGACAGGAUCCUCGACUAUUUGAAAUCAUGGACUGGUGGCCCUGGUCCAGAGACAUGAUUGACUGCUUGAAUUCUGAAAACCACUACCUUCAUUCAGCAUUUAAAUUUAAUAGAUGCCUUGAUUUCCAUUUUAUGUUUGUAAAAAAUAUAUACAUCUAAUUUAGUUUUAUUGUAAGAUACAAUCACUAGUAAUAUGUAAUAAAUAUUUCUUUGAA